GCGUGUGAGCGGAGGGCGCAGUAGGAAGCGGAGCGCGCAGUGCGGGGUGUAGAGGAAGUGGAGGAGAUCGGAGGACACACACCGGGAACAUGUCUGUGAAUCUCAGUAAGAACGGAGCCGCUCUGCAGGCCGCCUAUAAGGAUGUGGUGGACGGAAAGACGAAGACGAACUGGGCUUUGUACACAUAUGAAGGAAACAGCAAUGACAUCAGACUUGCGGGGACUGGAGAUGGUGGUCUGGAAGAACUGGUGGAAGACCUGAGCAGUGGGAAAGUCAUGUAUGCCUUCUGCAGAGUGCAGGACCCCAACUCGGGUCUUCCCAAAUAUGUCCUCAUUAAUUGGACCGGGGAGGGUGUGAAAGAUGCCAGGAAAGGAGUGUGUGCCAAUCACGUCAGCACCAUGGCAAACUUCUUAAAGGGAGCCCAUGUUACAAUCAAUGCCCGUGCUGAUGAGGAUGUAGAACCAGAAGUUAUUAUGGACAAGGUGGGAAAAGCCUCUGGAGCCAACUAUAACUUCCAUAAAGAGAGUAGCAGAGGCAGUGAUGCUCCUCAGGGCCCCGUGGGCUCCGUUUACCAGAAAACAAACGCAAUGUCUGAAAUUAAACGCGGUGGAAAAGAAAACUUUUGGGCAAGGGCAGAGAAAGAUGAGGAGGAGCGCAGACUAGAGGAACAAAAGAAGUCAUCCUUGGAGAGGGAUCGGCUGGAGAGGGAGCGUAAAGAGAGAGAGCAGAAAGAGGCAGAGGAGAGGGAGAAACGGUUCAAAACGAGGGCUGGAGAAAUAGAUGCUCAUAGGAAGGCACAGCAGGACUCAGAAAAACCAGAUCGGGAUUCUGCUGCUCCACGAAAAGUUAAUGCCCGAGAGGUGUUUAUGCAGAAGGAACGUGCAUUCCCUAACGCUGCCCCAGUGAGUGCACAGCCUGGAAAGCUGCGCAGUCCCUUCCUCCAAAAGUCGACCAGUCAGCCUGAGCCUGAUUCUCCUCCAUCAUCCCCUGUAAAACGGGCUCAGGAACCCCCUGCAUCACCUGUGUGUCGUGAUAAGGAACCCCCUGCAUCACCUGUGUUUCGUGAUAAGGAACCCCCUGCAUCACCUGUGUUUCGUGAUAAGGAACCCCCUGCAUCACCUGUGUCUCGUGAUAAGGAACCCCCUGCAUCACCUGUGUCUCGUGAUAAGGAACCCCCUGCAUCACCUGUGUAUUACCAGACACCCCCAAAGUCUCCUCCUUCCCCUGUGUCUCGUCCUCCUCCAGUACCCACUGUCAAAGUAACAGAACAAGUCUCUGCUCAUCAACAGCAGGAGGAGGAGGAUAUAUACCAGGAGCCACAGGAAGAUAAUGUUUAUGAAGUUCCACCCCAGGAUCAGCAGGAGGAGCCGGUUUAUGAAACAGGAGUAGAGGAAGACCAGGGACUGUGUGCACGAGCGCUCUACGACUACCAAGCUGCGGAUGACACAGAGAUCUCCUUCGAUCCGGAUGACCUGAUCACACACAUCGAGAGGAUUGAUGAUGGAUGGUGGCGUGGAUAUGGUCCUAGUGGGAACUAUGGCAUGUUUCCUGCCAAUUAUGUGGAACUGCUGGAGUGAGAGACAAUUGGUUGAAAGUGAGACCUUACAAUAAGAGAGGCUCCUACUGCACUGAUACAGUUAUAUUUCCAUGGGCUGUAACCACAAAAAAACACCUAAUGUACUUAAUGAAACGCUCUAUGUUUAACUGUGACACAGAUGGCUGAUUCCACUAUUCAUCACACACAGCCUUGUACUUAGUCACUUUUCAGUUUCUGAAUUAAUAUGGACCAACGUUUAUGACCAAAGUAGGCUGCUUAUUCUGAUCACAGUGGCUAUGGUACUUUACUUUCCAUAGUCUAUAUGGACAGGCCUGCCUAUACCUAACGCUGUGUUUCUAUUUCUUCAGCCACAUUUAAUGUGGAAUUCCACCUCUUUGGCAAAUCUAUUUUAAAGUAUGGCUACACAAUGUAACUUCGUAAAUGGCAUUCAUUACCCUUUUAGAUCUUAAGAGUUUUCAUUAUUCCCAAUGGCAAGUGAUCCAGCUGCCCUUGUUGCCAUGUGGCCAUUAUGGACACAAUGAAGUGUUAUCACUAUGCAAAGAUUCUUAUAACCAUAGAAAGACCCUAUGACAUCCAACAAGAUUUUAAUAUUUUUUAUUAGAUACAAUGGGUAUUUUAGGCGUAACGGAACAAAAUUCUGUAGUUAAUGAAUGCUAUAGAUCAUUUCUUCCAGCAUUAGAUUUGUCAGAAAGAUGGACCUUCCCAUUAAGACGAGCAUGAAAUUCUUCCACAAUCCUUUUCCUUCCCAAGUGCAAUCCUGGUUACUAGCACCCGCUGCUGUACACCCUCCCCAUUCCAGGCAUCCCCUUUGCAUACACACAUACGUUGCCUUUUCAUCUAUAUGUAAAGUCUGAUGAUUGUUCUUUCUACACUUCCCAUUAUUGAUACAACAUUCCAUUUCGCAAUUCAUUCUUUAAAACUAGCACUUUCCUUGGCUAUUCAUUCUGCUUACACUGUAAUGGCCAGACAACAGGUACACUUUAUUUUUUACGCUACUACAUUAAUCUUGUGGAUGGUUUUAAAGUGCCCCUCUCGGACCAAAAUCACUUUUGUAUGGUAAUGCAUACUUGUAAUAGAAGAGUCGCUAUACUUACUUUCCAGCACCAUGUUUGUUGUUCUGCCUCUUCGCUUCUCCUUGGAUGCAUUAGGUAUUUACCCGUCGUAGUUUCUCUUGCCGAUUCAUACAUCCUGUAGUUAAGUGCAAGUCAGCAGGAGAAACCACAACGUGUGGUUGGAGGUGGCCACAUAUUCUACACGUGGUAGUGUGAAAUGGCUGGUGGGAAGAUGACCUUAAUUUCUGAGAAUGAAUCGCUGGAAAGGUUAAUAAUAGCGACUCUUCUAUUACAGGCAUGUUUACUAUGCAAAGUGAUCCUGUUAUGUUAUGAUCCCUUUCUCCAUUUUCAGUGUUUUAAAAGUAAAAGUCCUUCCUAAGAGCAGGUCUCGUAAGAUGCUUGGUACUUUUUUUUUUUUUUUAGCGCAAUAGAGGAUUUGGCAGGAAGGGACCUUUUUAAUGUAGGAUUCACUGGUACCACAUCCCUUUGAAUACCAUAUUAAAAAACGAAGAAACCUAACACACGAAAACAAUAUGGGAUUUUUACGGUACCACACACAAAUAAAAAAUGCUUUUAUUGAUACAAGUCCAAAUGAUUAUAAAAACAUUAAAAUGCCCUGCAUAUAGAGGUACAUCAUACAAGUACAAAUGUUACAUGGUGCAGCCAUUAAAGCGGGGGUUCACCCUAUU